AUGGGGAGUGCGCCUGCCGCUCGCAACAGACAGCAGAGAUCUGGACUGUUCCGCCUCUACCUUUUCAAGCAACGCACAUCGCGGCUCCGCGUUUCGAUACUGAAAACAGCACCCGUCACGUCAAGGCUCGAGCGACAGGCAAGAGAGGGAAACUCUCGCCAAAUAAGCAAACACCAAGAACCGGAAAUCGACUUCACAAUGGCGCGAGAGGAGAAUUUGUACAUGGCCAGAUUGGCCGAAGAGACUGAGCGCUACGAGGAUCUGGUUCACUUCAUGAGGAAGGUUGUGGAAUCCGGCCAGGAGCUGAACGACGAAGAGAGGAAUCUGCUGUCGGUUGGAUACAAAAAUAUCGUCGGCGGUUUCCGAUCCAGCUGGCGGUCUCUCGCUCUCAUCGAGCAACGCGACCUCGACGCCGGUUCUCUUCGACUGACACAAGCAACACGUUCACGCUUGUCUUUCCGCCUGUCUACACGCUGCGCGAGAAACAGCCACUGUCGAGGGACCGUUCUCCGCGAGAAUCGGAGAUUCUGCGAGGCCGCAGCUGUUGAGACAAAACCACGGAGGAUAUGGUCUUUCAGAAAUAAAGUCACGCUGUCCAUGGAAGGCAAAGGAGCUUCCACGAACUGA